AUGACCUCAAAAGGUGCCGCAUCUUCCGAAGAUACUAAUGGUGGUAAAAGUGAAUACUUGUUCAAAGUGUUGGUCAUCGGCGAAUUGGCAACAGGCAAAACAGCUGUUGUAAAACGAUACAUGCACAAUUUCUUUUCCGAACAUUAUCGUUCUACAAUUGGUGUAGAUUUCGCUUUAAAAGUAAUACCGUAUAACGAUGAUACCACGAUUCGUCUUCAACUUUGGGAUAUCGCCGGACAAGAACGUUUUGGCAAUAUGACCCGCGUCUACUACAAAGACGCGGUCGGUUGCUUAAUUGUCUUUGACAUCACGCGCGAAUCAACAUUUGAUGCAGUGAUGAGAUGGAAAUCGGAUCUGGAUAGUAAAGUUCAGCUACCGAAUGGAGAUCGGAUACCUUGUGUGUUACUUGCUAAUAAAUGUGAUUUAGUUCGAGAUGAUUUAGCUGACAAUGCUCAACAAAUGAAUGAUUAUUGUCAAGAAAAAGGCUUUAUCAAAUGGUUUGAAACGUCUGCAAAAGAUAAUAUUAAUAUUGAAAAUUCAAUUAAAUUCCUUAUCGAUGAAAUAAUGAAACACAUCGAAGUGAUUCAAUCAGCGAAUGCCUCAAAAGAAGACAUCGUCAAUCCAGAGGAUCAAGGUCCACCAUCCACUGGUAGUAAAAGCUGCUGCGGUGGAAAAAGUUGA